AUGGCUACCGAAUCUUUGCCCCCAUUCCCACCUUUCACUCUGGAGACUGCCCAAAAGAAGGUCAAGGCAGCCCAGAAUGCAUGGAACACGAGGCAAGUACCGAUACUUCGUGGAGCAAAUCCGGAGGACGUGAAGAUGGCAUAUACGCCCGACUCCAUCUGGAGGAACCGAGACAGCUUCGUCCAGGGACGAGACGAGAUAGUCAAGUUCCUUAAGCAGAAGUGGCACAAAGAAAAUGGAUAUCGGCUGAGAAAAGAACUAUUUGCAUUCGUUGAUAACAAGAUUGCGGUGCAAUUCUGGUACGAGUGGCACGACGAUGCCGGGCAGUGGUGGCGAACUUACGGGCUAGAAGACUGGACUUUCGCAGAGAACGGGUUGAUGAGGAAGAGGCAGAUGAGCGGGAACGAUGUCAAGAUUUCAGACGAGGAGAGAUGGUUCAAGAACGGCAUUGAUGUGAAUUCUGUGGAUAUCAGUGAGAAGCAUUGGUAA